AUGAAGUACUCUCUCUCGUACGCCCUGGCCGCCGCCUCGGCCCUCGCGCCCCUCGCCGCGGCCCACGCCACGUUCCAGCAGCUGUGGGUAAACGGCGUCGACCAGGACUCCAAGUGCGCGCGCCUGCCGCCCAGCAACAGCCCCGUCGAGGACGUGUCGUCCAACAACAUGCGCUGCAACGCCAACCCGGCCGCCGCGGCCGGCUCCUGCGCCGUCAGGGCCGGCGACGUGGUCGCGGUCGAGAUGCACCAGCACAACAACCGCGACUGCGCGCAGGAGGCCAUCGGCGGCAACCACUACGGCCCCGUCAUGGUGUACCUCAGCAAGGUGGCCGACGCCGCCAAGGCCGACGGGUCCAGCCCCUUCUUCAAGAUCUUCGAGUCGGGCUACUUCGCCGGCAACAAGACGUGGGGCAACGACCUGCUCAACGCCAACUGCGGCCGCCAGAACGUCGUCAUCCCCGCCGACAUCACCCCGGGAGACUACCUGCUGAGGGCCGAGACGGUCGCCCUGCACGUCGCCGGCAGCCGCGGCGGCGCCCAGUUCUACAUGACGUGCUACCAGAUCCGCGUCACUGGCUCCGGCAGCGCCACCCCGGCCGGCGUGCCCUUCCCGGGCGCCUACUCGGCCGCUGACCCGGGCAUCCUCGUCAACAUCCACAACGGCCUAACUAGCUACACCAUCCCCGGCCCGGCCGUCUACUCGGCCGGCGCCGGCACCGGCGGCAGCAACUCCUCCGCCCCGGCCGUCUCGUCCACCUCCAUGUCCGGCCCGGGCUCUGUGCCCACCACCUUCCUGACCAGGACUUCCUCGCGGGCCCCGGCCACCUCCACCUCGUCCGCCCCCGUUUCCACGGCUCUCCCCGACGACGACAGCUGCGACGGACUCCCUGCCAACUCCACUGUCCCCGCCCCCGCCCCUGCCCCCACCUCCACCAGCCUCCCCGGCGGUGCCGAAGACGACGAGGAGUGCGAUGCCGAGCCCGGGGUCUCCUCGACCUCCGCCCCUGCCCCCUCUUCCACCAGCGCUCCCGGCAGUGGCGCCGGUGGCGAAGCCGAGCCCGUCUCGAGCACCGCCUCCCCCGCGCCCACCGGUGCUCCCGCCCCCGGCAACGGCUCGGGUGGCGCCUCGCCUGCCCCCACCACCACCGCGUCCUCCUCCAAGCCCGCCCCCACCAUCAAGGACGUCGACAAUGCCGAGGAGGAGGAGUGUGACGCGGAGCCCGAGGCCUCCUCGACCGCCGCUGCCGCCGCGCCCACCGCCACGAGCGCGCCCGCCACGGGCGACGAUGACGAGUGCGACGCCGAACCCGUCUCGACCUCGACCUCUGCCUCUGCCUCUGCCGCCGCUUCCACGACUGUUGCUCCGUCUGGUGCCGACGAUGAGUGUGACGCCGAGCCCACCGCGACCACCACGUCGGCGCCCGCUCCCACCGGAACCGAUGAGGCCGAGGAAUGCGAUACUUAAAAUCCGAGCCCUCAACGCUACCAACCACGAAAGAAGAAGAAGAAGAAGAAGAAGAAGAAGGAGCAACGGCGGCGCGGCCUGUGCGGUUCUGUCGCCGCUGCUAGGAUAGAGUAGGAGGCGUUUUAGGGCCUGGAACCUCCGGUUCAGGUUCCCCCAAUUGUCCGUCUUGAUUUCUUGUGUACAUAUUUACUACUUGCCCCAACCUCCACGCCCGCAGCAAAGAGCUCUCGAUGUGUCCCUCAUAUGGGUUGGCCCUUGUGGCUCUGCGCUGUCCCGGCGUCGAGGUGUAUAUACCACGCAGCCAUUUGCAAGCUCACAGCAUUUUUCUUUUUCAAAGCCCCCUCCACCAUGUUGGCUUGUUGACCGUG